UUUUCUCUCGGCUUUGCAGCACACACUUUCCUCCUCGACACUAUGAAGAGACUGUACUUAAUUGAGCCGAUCGUAGCGAUUUAUGCGUUUGCCAGUUUUAUGGUGUAUCCGCUCGUGCAGCAGUACGUGUACCGCAGAUUGUGGCUGGAGAUCACAAACUCAUCUUACCCCGUGUCCGAAAACACUUCCCAGUGCGCCUUCAACAACACCAGCCACAGCCGACAGCAAGAUGAGGUACAGAAAGCAGCUUCUCUGUUCUCCAUGUACAGUGAUUUGUCUUCCAUGAUCCCCAGUCUCAUAGUGACCCUCCUCCUGGUGGCCUACAGCGAUCAGCGCGGCCGAAAGAUCACUAUUAUUAUGCCCCUCAUUGGGUCUCUGGUCUACACGCUUUCAUUCCUGGCGGUGUCCUUCUUCGAGCUCAACCUCUACCUUCUCAUUGCCGCCAGUUUCGUAAGUGCCCUCUUUGGGGGUAUCGGUACCAUGCUAGGUGGCUGCUUCUCCUAUGUGGCCGAUUUGUGUGAGGACAGCAAGCAGAAGACCCUUCGCAUGGCUGUGGUGGACAUGAUGAUCGGCUUGUUGGCCGGUGUGGCGUCAAUCUCCACGGGCUACUUCCUGCAUGCAGUCGGGUUCAACUGGCCUUUCUUUACAUCCGCUAUAUUUCAGGCGGUUAACUUAAUUUACGCUGUCUUCAUUCUGGAAGAAACCAGGGUGAUUGACCAGUCAGAGACUGUGGCUUGUUGUCAGGCCAUGCAGGAACUAGCUCGUGGUAUCUGCAACUUGUUUGUGGGAGGCAGUAGUCAAAGAAAAUGGGUUCUUGUGCUGUUGAUUGUCACUUUCUCCUCCUUAUCUUUUGUUAAUACGGGGGGUCUGUCCAUGAUCACACUUUACGAACUCAAUGAGCCGCUGUGCUGGAGCGAGAUCCUCGUCGGCUAUGGCGCUGCGGCCAGCACCUCCAUCUUUAUCACUAGUUUUGUCGGUGUGUAUUUGUUCUCCCUCUGUCUGCCUAACAUUGCCAUCGCCUUCAUCGGGAUGCUGUCAGUCGCUAUAAGCAUGUUCAUGACAGCCUUCGCAAAGACCACGCUCAUGAUGUUCCUCGUGAGGAUUCCUGCUAUGUUUGCCAUUAUGCCGUUCCCUGUCCUGCGUUCGAUGAUGUCAAAGGUCGUCUCAAAGUCUGAGCAGGGAGCGCUUUUUGCCUGUGUGGCUUUUACAGAAAACCUAAGCACUAACGGGUCCUCUGCAGUUUUUAGCAGAAUCUACGCGGCCACUGUGGCAUGGUGUCCUGGCUUUAUCUUCCUACUGGGUUCUGGACUCUGUAUCAUACCCAUAAGUCUAUUAGGCAUAUUUAGGUGUUUCCAUUCAGUGGAUUCUAAUGAAAGUCAAGCACUCUUAUCAGAAGACGAGACUGAAGCCUCAGAUGACCCACCUGUAGUUUAAAAUCAAAUCAAAGGGAGUUUGGAUACCUCAUGGUUCCCCUGUGUGUUUCUUUACAUUUCCUCAUACCAACACAUGUGGGUAAUCUGUUCAAGCCAAAGUAUAUUUUCAGCAUUUUGAGUCUCUGCCACGAAAUAUGCAUUUUUUUGCUGAAAUGCAGUAGAUGCUAAUGGUGGUUUUGGAAGGGAACAGAACUUAAGAGUUCUAAAGGGAAAUUUUGUAAAAGAGUAAAUAUUUUUUAUAAGUCACUUGCAAGGCAGCAACAAAACAGUAUUAAAAUUUUAGGUGUGUUUAUGUUUAGGCUUUGAUUCUGUGUCAUCUGCAAAAAGACUCAAUACUUAGAGGGUAUCUAUAAAAGACAAGACCAAUCACAAUUCAGUAUGCAAAUAGAUGUAAGAAAGAUGACCAAUCCAAUUCAGUAUGCAAAUAUAACAAUGAUAUCAUCUCUGGCAUUAAACGAAAUUUAGAAAUUAAGGAUUAGAUAUUGAAAAUAAUGGUUUGAAUAGAGUCUUUAAACUCUAUUCAAAUGUUAAACUAAACUAAAACUGAAUUAAUUCAUUGUAUGCAUUAAAUUAAUUGCAGAAGUUUAUAUACCAAGAGCUGGAAUGUUUGAGGAAUACGUUGCUGCCUUGCAAAUUUCUAAAGUUUGGGCUGAUGUGCAAUACAUUUUUGUUUUGUAUAGACCAACAUUUAGUGUAGAUUUAUAAUGUAUGUACGAUUGUAUUUUAUAAAGCAUAAGAUUUAGGGUGCAUCUUUAUAGUGUUUUAAAGUUGUCUAUGCUUUU